UCCCACUAUUCGUUUUUCAACAUUCGGAAGGUUCGGAAGUCUGCGCGCAAUUUAAGCGGAAAACCAGUGUCCAAUAAGAUAAAUCAACCUGCAGUAAAAACCCGGCAUUUAAAGCGCACUUUGCAAAGUAAUUUUUUCAAAGUCAAAAAGGACUCAAGGCCACGCCCCCGCCCAUACAAAGCAGUGUGUGUGUGUGUGUUUUCCUAGCGCAUCCGUCGUUUUGCUGUAUUUGUGUGUGUAUCCCGACGUCUCUUUUGCUGUCCUUUUUGCGUGGGUGUGCCAAAAAGGAGAAGAGAGAAGGAGAACCAGUGAAAUUCCAGCGCAUCAAAGCAAGUCAAUAAAGGCCGACAACAUGUCAGUUUCCUCGAACGCCUCUUCGGCCUCCAACAAGGACAGCGUGGACAGCCCCAGCAGCACCACCAACACGGACAGCUCCGAGCUGACGCACAUUCUCAAUCGGCGGCAGGAGAUCAUGGACUCGCAGGAGGCGGGCAUCGAGAUCCCACGCACCUUUAAGGUGGUCAACGUCUACACCGAGUUCCACGAGUUCUCCAGGAAGCAGAUCAAGGACUACCAAAAGACCUUCAACACGUACGAUACGGCUCGCGAUGGUUUCUUGGAUCUGCAGGAGCUGAAGUUCAUGAUGGAGAAGCUGGGUGCACCGCAGACCCAUUUGGGACUCAAGCAGAUGAUUGCCGAGGUGGACGAGGAUAACGAUGGCAAGAUCUCGUUCCGGGAGUUCCUGCUGAUCUUUAGGAAGGCCCAGGCCGGUGAACUGGAUUCAGAUUCUGGGCUUAAUCAGCUGGCCCGACUCACCGAAAUCGAUGUGGAGCAGGUGGGCGUGAGCGGAGCCAAGAACUUCUUCGAGGCGAAAAUUGAGCAGCAGUUGCGAACGAAUAAGUUCCACGAUGAGAUCCGGGCAGAGCAGGAGGAUCGCCGGCGCGAGGAGGAGGAGCGGGCCCAGAGGCGCCAGCAGUUCCAGCAGCGGGCGGCGGUCUUCCAGUAGAGGAUUGAUUUACUUCCCCGUAGUCUAGCGCGUAAUUAUCUGGCGUAGGUUAAUCGAAUGUGGCACUGAUCCCGGGAGAAGAGGAUACGCUUCGUACAAGCAGAAGGCAUUUUUCAAGCAUCACAUACAGUAAUAAUAUCCAUAAUAAUCGCCCCAUACAUAUACACUCGAUUUGUUGGUUAAAACAUCAUAGGAAUUGAAUGUUAUCUUUGGACAAUAUAAAGUAAAAAAUUAGUAAUACCUAUAACAUAACUUUAACUUAUUCAUUUAUAACGUUUAAUUCCUAGUAUAUAUUUUUUAUAAUCCACCCAAAUCGAGCCACUCUAGCCCUCACAUAAGCAUACAUGCGUACAUAGAUAACGAUCAUACCAAAAGCGUAUUUAUAGUUAACCUUUAGUUAAGUGAAAAAUAUUUUAGUUUAAGACCUAUUUUAUUGUUUGGUGUUGCGCAAAAUAUCUUUGUUGAACUACGUUUACCCUUGACGGUUGCCCAAAAUUUAUGUUUCUUUACCUUAUUAUGAUUUUGUACUUGUAGUGCCAUUUUUAUUUUCUUCGUUUUAAUUUUGUUAAUAAAAACGGAAAUCAAUAGUUACGUUAAGCAAAUCAAUUCGUGAAAUUCAACCUACUUUGUACAUAAAAAACCUACGUUGGCAGUCAAUCCUAGUUUCAGUUGUACUAAGUUGGAAUACACACAUAUGUGGAAUAUGCAAUUAAGUUUCGAUUACAGUAUUUCAUGUUUAAUGUUAGCAAUUAAAGCAAUACUAAUGCGUUAAUUACGAAUACACAAGAAAAUACACGUACUUUUAGAGAGCGUUUAACACAAACUUAUACUGCAAUUUAAAUAAAUAAAUGUAUAUAAUACAAAAUGA